AUGGGAAUUUUCAACCAGCAGAAGCCCCGUUUGGUACAGUGGGUGUUGAUUAUGUCAUUAAUGGAUUUAUGCUACGGUCAGAUUGUAUAUUCGGUCUCCGAGGAGGUAAACAACGGAACAGUUAUUGGGAAUGUAACAAAGGACCUAAAUCUUAAUGUUCAUGAGCUGGAAUCCCGUAUGUUCCAGGUUGUGUCGGGAGACAGCAAGAAGUAUUUCGAGGUAAAUGCCAAAAACGGAUUGUUAUAUGCGAAUGAUCGAAUAGAUCGAGAGGAGCUGUGCUCGGAUGCUCUGAAAUGCUCUCUUAAUUUAGAAGUGAUCGCUCACAAUCCGCUGAAUCUCUAUCGCGUUAAAGUUGAUGUUGUAGACGUUAAUGAUAAUUCGCCUUCCUUCCUCGCAAAAGGUCACACUCUAAAUAUCGUUGAAAAUGCCUCCCCUGGGGACAGAUUUCCACUCCCGAUGGCGGAUGAUGCGGAUGUGGGCAGUAACGCGGUAAAGAGCUACAGACUGAGUCCAAAUGAACACUUCUCUCUGGAUGUGCAGAGCGGCGGAGAACAGAGUGCGUCACCCGAGUUGGUGCUACAAAAAGCUUUAGACAGAGAGAAACAGUCUGCGAUCCAACUCCUGCUCACUGCAGUUGAUGGAGGAAAGCCGCCCAGAUCUGGGACUUUACAGGUCGUGGUCAAUGUACUCGAUAUUAAUGACAAUAAUCCGGUGUUUUUAACGCCUCUGUACAAAGUGAGGGUUUCAGAGAACACUCCUCAGGGGACAACGAUACUUGUUCUGAAUGCAACCGACUUAGACGAAGGUAUUAAUGGCGAAAUUAUUUAUUCAUUUUUGGAACAUGGAAAUGUUAAAGCUUUGGAGACGUUCUCGAUUAAUCCAGACAGUGGUGGAAUUGCGAUUAAGGGCAAUCUUGACCAUGAGGAAAAUUCUGCCAUUGAGAUACGGGUACAAGCUAAAGAUAAAAGUCCUCUGCCUCGUAGCAGCCACAGUAAAGUUAUCAUUGAGAUUAUUGAUAUAAACGACAACGCUCCGGAGAUAUCGGUGACAUCUCUAACGAGCACUGUGAGAGAGGACGCCAAAACUGGAACAGUGGUUGCUUUAAUUACUGUCUCUGAUCGAGAUGGAGGGAAAAAUGGCGUUGUGAAUUGCCACACGGAUAAUCGUAUCCCUUUUAAGCUGGAGUCUGCAUACAAGAACUAUUAUUCAUUAGUAGUUGCGGAGCCGCUGGACAGAGAGAGCGCUUCUCAACACAACAUCAUCUUCACAGCAAUUGAUGAGGGAACCCCGCCCCUCUCCAGCACCGCUGUUAUUACCGUGCACGUUUCUGAUGUGAAUGACAACGUGCCGCACUUUCUGGACUCGGAACUUAAUGUGUAUUUCAAAGAAAACAUUCCAGCUGGGACACUAAUGCAAAGAGUGACUGCAUCUGAUGCUGAUGCUAAAGAAAAUGCGCAAGUUACGUAUUCAUUGCUGGACGGAAACUAUAAAGGAAUGCUGGUGUCUUCUAUGGUAAAUAUAAAAUCUGUCACUGGGGAAAUAUACAGCAUGCAGGUUUUUAACUACGAGGAGGUAAAGAUGUUCCAGUUCCGAGUUGAGGCUACAGACUCUGGUGUUCCUCCACUGAGCAGCAACAUUACCGUGAACGUUUUUAUCCUGGACGAAAAUGACAACAGUCCUGGGAUUCUCCCUCCCUAUUCUGACCAGGGCUCCGUUAACACUGAGAACAUCCCAUACUCUGCUGAAGCGGGAUACUUUGUGGCCAAGAUCAGGGCUGUGGAUGCAGAUUCUGGAUAUAAUGCGCUGCUCUCUUACCACAUCGCUGAACCUAAAGGAUCCAACCUGUUCAGAAUCGGAACCAGCACAGGGGAAAUUAGGACCAAGAGACGAAUGAGUGACAAUGAUUUGAGGACUCAUCUACUUGUCAUUUUGGUUUCUGACAAUGGCGAACCUUCCCUGUCAGCAACGGUUUCCAUCGAUGUUGUGGUUGUGGAAAGUAACGGUGAAAUCCAGACCCAAUACAGACAACGUCCGAUGAAGGAGGAGAGUUUUUCCAGUUUACAUCUGUAUUUGCUCAUCGGUAUUUCGUCAGUCUCCUUAAUAUUUUUACUAAGCGUCGUCAGUUUAAUAGCACUGAAAUACCACAGGACCGAAAGCAGUUUCAACAGGUACAGCACCCCAGUGAUCACUACUCACCCUGAUGGGAGCUGGUCUUACUCUAAAUCUACUCAGCAGUAUGAUGUGUGUUUUAGCUCAGACACAUGGAAGAGUGAUGUAGUUACACCUGCAGGAUGUCAACCUGCUGACGCUGAACUAAUCAGUAUUAAUGGAUCUGACAGCUUUAAAACGAACCAGACACUCCCCAAGAGUGAGAAGGUAAGAAUGAAUUAG